CCACAAAGCUGACCCGUGACUUGAAAGACUACAGGGCAGGAGUAGUCGAUCAAGAUGACUUGGCGUACAAAAUUCAUGUUUUGGAGCAGCUAGAGCAGAAGAUGGUUUCUUUGCAGGAUGUUCUGACUGUCAAGGGAGUGUUUGACGAGAGUUCACAUUUAGAUGGCAUCAGGGAGGAGGUUUUCAAGGCAAAACGUCAUCUGUCAAGGAUUGAGAAUGUGUCUGCUCAACCAGCCCCAGCUCAGUCUGACUCUACUGACCUGAGGGCAUCUGAUGUAAAGAUUCCAGUAUUUUCUGGAGAUCUGUUACAGUGGUCAGAAUUCUGGGACCUGUUUGAGGUUGCUGUGCACACCAAUUCAAGGUAUGUGAAUGUACAGAAGUUCAGCAUACUAAAGAGCCACCUCUCUGGUUUAGCACUGCAAUGUGUUAAAGGUAUACCAGUGUCUGAUGCUUGCUACCAGUCAGCUGUGGAUGCAUUGAAAGACCGAUUCUGUAAAAUCGAGAGAGUGAGGGAGGAGAUCAUGAAAAGGUUGUUGAACAUGCCCAGUGUCAGUGACGACCUAUCUGCCAUGAGAUCCUUCAUAGACCAUCUGAUGUCACAUGUGAGGACACUGACCGCGAUGGGAGUAAGCUGUGCUAACCUGUCGAGCCUGCUUCUUCCCAUAGCCAAGGGAAAGCUGCCAGAGUCGUGGAGGCUCGAAUGGGCGCGCCAGCACCAGCCGGAUCCAGGGUUGGAGGACUUCCUCGGGUUUCUUCGCAAGGAGAUGGACAUGAGGGAGGAAGCCAACAUCGGCGCCAGGCAUCCUGUCCCUCCGGAACGGAGCCCACUGCACUCAGUGAGUAUGCUGGCGGUGAGUCGGAACCGAACAACCCCUGCCAGUGCUGCAUGGACCUGCGUGGCUUGCAAAAAGGAUAAACAUGGCCUGAGCAAGUGUCUUGACUAUCAGAGAAUGUCUGUUGAUGAUAGAUGGCUUGUAGUGAGGAGGGCUGGUUUGUGCUAUCAGUGCCUGGGGCCGCACUUUGCUCGUGACUGCCGCAGCUCCAACUGCCGUGUGUGUGGAGAGCGACACCACACCAGCCUCCACAGUGAGCCAGGACGCCAGCCCGGAGCUGGUACCCGUGACCGACGGCCGCCCGCACACCGAGCGGACAGCCGUCCCCAGCAACUGCCUCCCUGCCGCGAGGGGAGCUACCUACCAGAUCUGCCACCGCCAACGCCAGUUGGUCAGCAACCUCAACGUCCAGGUUGGUCGCCCGCUGUUCCCCGCCAGGCCAUGAAUGUCACCGCUGCUUGCGCUGUUGAUGUGCCACAGCCAGUCUUACCAACGCCAGUCUCACCACAGCCGCUAGUGCCAUCAUCCAGCACUACCGCUAGGGUGAAUACCGCUUGUGCUAUGCCCGACGUGCAUAUGACGCCGUGUGCUGUCGCUCACUGCUCACCUGAUGCUUGCCCGCUGGAGGCUGCUCCGUCUGACCGACCUGCUGCAUGCGAAAACUUGUGUUACAUGCAGACAGCUCUGGUGGAGGCGUCUGGACCGCGGGGUACCUGCCAGCUUCGCGUUCUUCUCGACGGCGGCUCGGACUCGUCGUACGUGAGGACAUCUGCAGCGGAGCUACUCGGUCUGCCCACGGUGGGGAGAGGUGUGUUCGCCUGCCUGGGCUUCCAGGAGCGGCUCGAGGAGCCGAGGAUGUAUGAGAAGGUGAGGCUGUCUCUGCGGAGCCGUCACGGUGGGGAGCCUCACGUCUUCGAUCUGUGGAAGACUGAUCGUCUCUGUUCCCAACUGACCCCCGCCCGACCGCCUACUGCCGUAUUUACACCGCAUCUUCUGCUUGCUGAUGAUUUUGAGGGUGGGCCGGUGGACGUGUUGAUCGGCGCCGACCUGAUGUACAGAGUUGUGUUGUGGGAGCAGGUGAAGCUGACUGACCAUCUCAGGGCCCUGGAGACUGUGUUCGGCUACGUCCUGCACGGCCGAGAUGGGUCACCGGUGGACUGCGAGCCGGUGGACUGCGCGUCUGUGAAGUACGCGCUCCGUUGCUGCCGGCUUCCGUCGCCAGACUUCAAGCCGGAGCAGCUCUGGAGUCUGGAGGCGCUCGGCAUCUCCGGGGACGAGGACGAGAGAUCACCGAUGAAGCCGAAGUGGAGUGACGCCGAACAGAGGUACGAAAUGAACCUGCUGUGGAAGUCUGAUGAUCGCCCCCUCUCUAACCUCAGCUCAGCAGCAGCCCGGAUCAGACGCAUGGAGGGACGGCUCACAGUCCCCGAGCGGGAAGCGUACCAGAGACACCUGGAAGAUCUGUAUAGAGCCGGCGUGAUCGAGACGCCGCCCAACGAUGACCUACAAGGGUUCUACCUGCCGCACCGCGGCAUCUGGCGCGGUGGAAAGCUGCGGGUGGUCUUCGACGGCUCUGCCCGGGACGCCACUGGCCACAGCCUGAAUGACUACCUGGAGCCGGGAAGCAAUCUGCUCAGACGUCUGCCUGCCGUGCUGCUCAACUUCAGACGAGACGCCGUGGGAGCUCAGACAGACAUACGUGCUGCCUUUCACCAGGUUUCGGUGUCCGAGGAGGACCGAAAGUACCUACAGUUUCUGUGGGACGGACAGCGUCUUCGUUUCCGCAGAGUUCCGUUCGGUAUAACAUGUUCCCCAUUCAUGCUGCUGCAAACUAUCUCUGUUCACCUGGACCUGUACUGUGGGGAGGAGCCGGGUCUGUGUGAGAAGUUGCAAUGUGGCCUGUACAUGGAUGAUGUGUGCACCUCCUUCUGCAGCAGAGCCGAAGCUGAGUCGAGCAUGUCGCGGGCGGAGGAGAUCUUCCGCGACGCAGGCAUGGAGUUGCACAAGCGGCGCAUCUCCGGUGACGCUGACAGCGAGGCCAACGUUCUGGGUCUUCUGUGGAACCCCGCCACGGACCUGCUCGCAGUGAGUGUGCCUGGCUUCCAUGUGGCCAAGACCAGGAGAGAGAUGCUGUCCCUGCUGAGUAAGCCGUUUGAUCCGCUCGGUGUACUCUCUCCGUGGCUUGUUGUCGGCAGGUCUCUGUUCCAGAGAACGUGGGGAGUCGGAUGCACGGUCAGCUGGGAUGAGGAGCUGCCCCCACAGCUACAGGAGGAGCUAGCAGAAUGGCUCACAGACGCACCAGACCGAACUGUAUGGUUCCCCCGCGCGCUGCUGACGAAUGACUGUGACGUCACCUACCAUGUCUUUUGUGAUGCCUCAAAGAAAGCGUAUUGUUGUGUCAUCUACGCUGUGCAGGGUGGGGAGUCCAGGCUGCUCAUGUCCAAAUCUCGUCUCGCGCCCCUGACUCCCGCCCUCAGCGUGCCCAGACUUGAACUGAUGGGUGCCCUCAUCGGCGCCAGGCUGAUGGACUUUGUCAGACAGGCGUUGAGUCUGGAGAGCCCACAAGUCGUCUAUUGGACCGACUCCAUGGACGUCAUCUUCUGGCUGAAGAGCAAGAAGAAGCUGAAGCUGUUCGUGCAGAACAGAGUGACCACCAUCCUCCAGUUGACUCAAGCGGAGCAAUGGCACCACGUAAGAGGACAAGACAACCCGGCCGACCUGGGGACGAGAGGUAUGUCCAUGACCGCUCUGGAGAAGUGUGAUCUGUGGUGGCGAGGACCGACAUUUCUCCGACAGGGACCUGAUACCAGGAUCUGCUGUGGACCGACAGUCGAGGCCGACAGUCUGCAGCCGUCUCAGGAGGCCACCAGUGAAGUGAAGCUGCAGAAGCCCCCGUUAAAGCUGACCCUGCUGACGACGCGAAGUGACACAAGUGAGACCCUACCGUUUGACAUUACGUCAUGUUCUACCCUCACACAGGCUGUGCUGAGGCUCGCGUGGGUGUUCCGUUUCGUCACCAACAGCCGCCUACCGAGGGAGGAGCGCCGGACGGGUCCGCUGACGCCCGAGGAGAAGAGACUGAGCCUCCGCUUCUGGAUCAGAGAGGCACAGGCCCGUGCCUACAGAGAGGAGACCAACGCCGCCACCGCUGACGUGAUCCUGGCGCUGAGACGGUUCUGCGCCAUCCGAGGGACGCCAGCUCUGGUGUACAGCGACAACGCUCGGACGUUCCGGGCCUUGCUUGGCCACCUACCCCGGUCGGUAACGUGGAAGUUCAUCCCUGAGGCUGCCCCCUGGUGGGGAGGGUACUGGGAGCGUUUGGUGGGCGUGACAAAGAAGGCUCUUCGCAUCACCCUACAUCAGUGCCACCUGACGUUUGAGGAGUUGUCUGCCACGAUGUAUGAGCUCGCUUUUUUCAUAAACCUGCGCCCCCUCACCCAGGGCGAUGGUGAAGAUCUCCUUACCCCCGCCCACCUGCUGUUCGGCGUGACGAGCAUAGACGGUGUCUUGUGCCCAACAUUGAAAGAGUGUUCCAUCAGCAGGGCCUGGCGUCACCAAAAGCGGGUCUGCGACCAUCUGAUCCGGCGGUGGUGUGAUGAGUACCGCAACGCUCUCCGCUGCUGGAGCGUCUCGCCCCGUGGACGACCUAGCCGUACACCGCGCGUGGGAGACGUGGUGCUAGUCCACAGUGAGAGGCCGCGCGGCCGGUGGCCUGUGGCGCGAGUGACGCGGCUGCUGGCGGGACCGGACGGCCACGUGAGGGCCGCCGUCAUCAGCCUGCGCGGGCGGAGCACUCGCCGCCCUGUCAGCCGCCUGUUCCUGCUGGAGGCGGCGGACUGAGUCGGACUGAGUCGUACCGGUGCAGUGAUCGGGACGAGUUACGUCGCCGCGAACUAUCGCAGAGUGCUGUGCCUUUUGUCGUAUUCAUCGUUCUGUUUGUUUUUCGAAAUCGGUCGUGCGCUCGAUUUCGAGUGGGGAGUGUGUUGUGAUUAGUAGCCUCUUACCUUUUUUUACCUUCACCCGUGACCCGUGUUGAUGUACCCUACCUUUCCUCACCCAGUAAAACUUUCCUCUAUUUGCCCGCCCCUGUCCUGAAUCCAUCACUUUUUGUUAGUGAUGUAAUGCUUCCAUUUUUCACCGAGCCGAUUUCGUUUUGUUUUUAUCCUUUCCAGUCAGUCUGGAUCCAUCUGUCGCCGUGUUACCGCUACCUGUAAAGUAAUAAACCGGCAGAGAAGUUGA